UCCGCCGCCGCUGCCCGAGCUCGGUCAGGUGUUCGCUGUACAGUUAACGUUACGUAAACUUUGCCUUUCUAAACUGAUUGGAUUCCGUGCCGGCGGAGGGGGAAAUAAAAACACAGACGGGGCCAUGCUCAGACGGAUACUUCAAAUGACUCCUGGUAAAGGAGGCUCCCAGAAUGCCGAGUCGGAGCAGCCCAGCACCGACCUCAACCACGAUCAGACCUCCGAGGGCUUCAUCUGCCCUCAGUGCAUGAAGUCUCACAACUCGGCGGAGGAGCUGUUUAAGCACUAUGAGCUGUUCCAUGAUACCGGGGACCUGCCCGCUCAUAUGGCCCCCACGCGGGAAGACCUUACUAUGCUGCGGCAAGAGGUUCAGGACUUGCACACUUCUCUCAAGGAGGAGAAGUGGUUCUCUGAAGAGCUCAAGAAGGAGUUAGACAAAGUCCAAGGACAUCUGAAGCAAAACGAUGGACCGAUGAGCCCAGAUGACUCCGGGCUUGAAAAGAAGUUGAAUGAAGCAGAGACAGAAAAAUUCAACAUCAAGCAGAUGAAAGACUUGUUUGAGCAGAAGGCCGCCCAGCUGGCCACAGAGAUAGUAGACUUAAAAUCCCGCUAUGAUGAGGAGAAGAGCCUGAGGGAGGCUGCUGACCAGAGGCUGGGCAAACUGACUGAACAGCUACAGAAAGAGAAGGAGGAGAACGAGAGACUGCAAACGGAACUGCUGCAGCGGCCGGGAGUGGAGGAUGUGGAGGUACUGCAGAAGGAGCUGGUGCAGGUCCAGACACUGAUGGACAGUAUGACCCGUGAGAGGGAAGCAGAGUCUGAACGGCUCCAAUCCCGCUACGAGCAGCUGCAGGCCGACUACACUACCUCAGAGACCCGUAAACUGGAGAUGACCAUAUCCCAACUGGAAGCAGAGCUGGAGAAAGGUCCACAGGAAGCCGCUGUCUACACACAACAGAUCCACCAGCUGCAGAGCAAUCUGAAUAAUCUGCAGCAGCAAAGCCAGAGCCUGUCUGAGAAGCUUGCACGUAAGGAGAAAGAGUACCAGGAACUGGAGGAGCAUCUGGGAGCAGAGAGGGCCGCCAAGAAGGGAGCCGAAGGCAGCCUUAGAGAGAGGGAGCUGGAGGCUCAAGAGCUCCAGGCUCGGGCCACCGGGGCCGAAGGCUACCUGACGAAGGCCCAGACGGAGCUCGCAGAGAGAGCGGAGGAGGUGGCGAAGUUGAAAAAGGAGAUUACGGAGCUGGAGGUGAAGCAUGCAGAGCUGAAGGUGGAGAGGAAACAGUUGCAACAGCAAAGGGAGGAAAAAGACAACCAAGGAGCUCAGCAGCAGGCCGAGAUCAGUCAGUUGCAUGCCAAACUGCUGGAGGCAGAGCGACAGCUUGGCGAGGUGCAAGGUCGCCUUAAAGAACAGAGGCAGCUUUCGGGGGAGAAACUAAAAGACCGCGAGCAGCAGGCUGCCGACCUACAGCUCAAACUGUCCCGUGCAGAAGAGCAGCUGAAGGAGAGUGGGAGUAAGAAUACAGACGUGCAGCACCAGCUGGAGAAAGCCAAGCAGCAGCACCAGGAGCUGCAGGCGCUGCAGCAAAACACAAAUGGCAAACUCCGUGAGGCUCAGAAUGACCUGGAGCAGGUGCUGCGUCAGAUUGGAGAUAAGGACCAGAAGAUCCAGAACCUGGAGGCCCUCCUGCAAAAGAGUAAGGACAUUGUGAGCCAACUGGAAACCGAGAGGGACGAUUUGUGUGCAAAGAUCCAGGCCGGUGAGGGAGAGACUGCUGUACUCAACCAGCUAAAAGAGAAAAACCAUGGACUACAGGAACAGGUCACACAGUUGACAGACAAGCUGAAGAACCAAUCAGAGAGCAACAAGCAAGCCCAGGAUAACUUGCAUAAGCAGGUCCAGGAGCAGAAGAGCCUACUGCGCUCCGCCCAGGACCGAGCCCUAACCCUGGAGACCUCCGUCACCGAGGUCACCACCCAGCUGGCAGAAAGCAAGGAGAAAGCUGCCCAGCUAGAUGCUCAGCUGAAGGCAAAGACGGAGAUGCUGCUAUCUGCAGAGGCAGCUAGGGCUGCACAGAAGGCUAACCUGGAAAACAGCCUGGAGACGGCUCAGCAUGCACUACAGGACAAACAGCAGGAGCUGAAUGAGGCUCAGACGAAGAUAGAGGAGCAGGCCCAAAGGCUCAAGGAGAGACAGGCGCAGUGCACACAGCUGGAUGCCAGUCUGAAGGAAUGCAAAGACAAGCUAAUGGCCUCCGAACAGCGCAUAGAGCAGCUGGAGGGGCUUAACAAGAAAUUGGAGUCACAGGUUGGGGAGUUGCAGGUCACACAGGACCAGGUGCAGCAGGAAGUACAGAAGCUGCAGAAGGAGGGAUCAGAAGUCAAACGCAAAGCAAAGGAGCUGCAGCUUUCGCUGGAAACCGAGAAAGCACGGGCUACAACACUACAAGAGGAGUUAAAGAAAAAAACAGCUGCCUUGAGUGACACUCAGCAGCAGCUGGAGCGCAGCGAGCAGGACCAAGCUGCUCUGAAGGUGAACCUGGACACGGUGAUGGUGGAAGGGAAAACUAAGCAUGCAGAUCUGGACAGGAGAGCUCAGAGUCUGGCAGCGGACCUACAGAAGGCCCAGCAGGAGAAAGAUGCUCAAAGGAAGGAACUCGCCAAUACACAGGACAGCCUUGGAAAGGCCAACAAAGCACUGAAAGAGAGUCUCGGCGUACUGGACACCGAGAGGAAGAAACAUAAGUCAGUCAUGGAGGAGAAGGAUAAGUCGAAUGAGAAGGCCAGACAGGAGCUUCUUAAGAUUAAUGAGGGCAUCGCCAAGUCGAUGAAAGAAUCGCAAAAGCAGUUGGAGCAGAUGGGAGAGGCAGAGAAAAGGUUGAAGGUGCAGCUGGCCACGCUGGAGCAGCAGCGCUCUGACUCUGAGGGAGCGCUGACGGAAAAAGAGAAGGAGUUGGAGAAGCUGCAGGCACAACUGAAGGCAGCCACGGGGUCCUUUGAGGAGGAGAUGAAGAAGCUUAAGGGCCAAGUGGCCGAGUUGCAAGAAGUAAAUGUGAAGAAGACGGAGGAGGAGAGUAAUCUUAGGGCCCAGGUGUCUGGGCUCGGCAACGAGCUGGCCUCCGAGAACAGCCGGACGACAGAGCUGCAGAAGGCCUUGGGGGAAAGCCAGGAAAGCCUCACUAAGCUGCAGUCCGACUUCUACGGCAAAGAGUCUGAGGUGUCUGCCCUGCGUCAAGACCUGAAGGCGUCAGAGGAGAAGCUGAACUUGGGUUUGGAAGAGCUGGCCGCCAACCGAAGCCAUCAGGCGGGUUUGGAAGCUCAGGUCCAGGAUCUGCAGAAGGGCCGAGGCUCGCUGGAGCAGGUGCUGGAAAGACGGGACGUGAAGCUCCAACAGCAAGAGCAAACACUGAAGGCAGUCCAGAAGCAGCAGGGUGAAGUGAAGGAGCAACUGGAGAAGGAGAGGAGCAACGUUGAGGAGCUGAAGAAAGCCAAGACUGUCCUGGAAAAUAAUUCCAACAAACUGACUUCUCAAUUAAAAACACUAUCAGAGAGGAGGGAGAAGGAGCUGGGUGAGUUACGGGAAGCCAAACAGCUGUUGAUCCAGCAAAAACUGGAGCUGCAGGGUCAGACGGAGGCAGCGCAGAGGACCCUGGAGCAGGAGCAGAAGGAGCACCAGGUCACCAGGGACAGCCGGGGCCAGAGGGAGGAGCAGCUCCUUGCACAGACCAAGAAGGUCCAGGAUCAGCUGUCGGCAGAGAAGCGGGCCAGAGAAGAGACGGUGAAGCGCGGGGAGGAGACGGUAGCCAAGAUGGAGGCGCAGGUGACGGCUCUGAAUGAAAACGUGGCCACGCUGAAGAGGGAGUGGCAGGGCAGCCAGCGGAGGGUCGGCGAGCUGGAGAAGCAGACCGACGAGCUGAGGGGAGAGAUCGCUGUGCUGGAGGCCACCGUGCAGAACAACCAGGACGAGAGGCGAGCUCUUUUGGAAAGGUGCGUGAAAGGUGAAGGCGAAAUGGAGAAACUGCAGGCCAAGAUGGUGGAGCUGAGGAGGAAGCUGGACGACACGACGGCCGCCAUGCAGGAGCUCGGCCGGGAGAACCAGUCGCUCCAGAUCAAGCAGUGCCAGAGCUUGACGAGGAAGUGGGCCGAGGACCACGAGGUGCAGAACUGCAUGGCCUGCGGGAAAGGCUUCAGUGUGACUGUCAGGAAGCACCACUGCAGACACUGCGGCAACAUCUUCUGCGCCGAGUGCUCGAUGAGGAACGCCUUCACGCCGUCGUCCAAAAAGCCCGUGCGGGUCUGCGAGACGUGCUUCGACGAGCUCCAGGGCUGACUCCUCCCCCCCCCCCCCCCCCCCCAUCCCUUCACCUGCCCCCUGCCUUCGACCUCAGCGGGCAGGAGAAGGGGAGUCUUUGUCGUGUUUGAUGUGCACUUGCUGAGGACGGACCCGGCGCGAGGAGGACUCUCGCCUGCUGGGGGACUUCUGGCUCUUCUGGAAGGGUUUCCACCAAGUGACACGUGGGCGGCGUGUCGGGAGUUGGUUUGGAUUGUCUGCAUCUGUUUUUGUGCCUUUGCUGCUACUGUGGCCUGCCAGCGGGCAGAGAGAGUGAGAACAAACCCCCGUCCAUCUCGUUUUACGUUCACAUCUCUGUCGUUGUUUGGAAUCAUUAGCAAGUGCAAGGUGGUUGUUGUGUACGUGUUGAGAGGUCUGGCGUCAGGUGAGAGGUCCGUGUGAGCCUGUCGGAGGGAUCGGGGGAGGUAGAUGUUGUGAUGGUGGUCACUUCUGCCCCACGAACGUAAAUGCAGGUAACUUUUUUUGUAAAGGAAGUAAAUAUCUGUUUAGGAC